AGCAUGUUGAGGUCGAGGGAUCCGCUAAUCAUCGGGAGGAUCGUUGGCGACGUCGUCGACUACUUCGACGCCUCAGCGCGGCUGAAGGUGUCGUACGGCAACCGCGAGAUCACGGUCGGGUCGGAGCUGAGGCCGUCGCAGGUGGCGAACCAGCCCACGGUGCGCAUCACAGGAAGGGCGGGAUCACUCUACACGCUCGUGAUGGUAGACCCUGAUGUACCUGGACCAAGCGACCCUUCCGAACGGGAGUACCUCCAUUGGUUCGUCACAGACAUACCAGAAGGAGGUGAUGUGGGCCAUGGCACUGAGGUGGUGGCAUACGAGAAGCCGCAGCCGACGGCGGGGAUCCACCGUUUGGCAUUCGUGGUGUUCCGGCAGGCUGCGCGGGAGGCCAUCUAUGCACCAGGGUGGCGCUCCAACUUCAUCACGAGGGACAUGGCCGAGUGCUACAACCUCGGCGCUCCGGUCGCCGCCGCCUACUUCAAUUGCCAGAGGGAGGGCAGCUGUGGUGGCCGGAGGUGGCAGGGCUACUCGCCGCUCCCGCGCGUGCUCCGGGCGCAUCCCGCCCAGCACCCACAGCCGCCAGCCUCUCCCUGCCGGACCGGCCCCCGCCGCGCCCUCCGCAGCUGCUCGCCGCGGCCUCCUCCCCCGCACGCGCUGCACCGCUCCGGCCGCGCCUCCACGCGCGUGCCCGCGCCUCCACGCGCGUGCCCGCGCCUCCACGCGCGUGCCCGCGCCCUGCCUGGCCGCACCGUGGCCGCACCAUGGCCCCCUUUCCUUCCCCGGCGGCCGCGGCCGCCCGUUGCGAUGGCCGGCGACGCCUCGCCGUUCCCCCCUGUUGGCCUGGGCGGGCGCUCAUUCGGGUUGGCGCCCGUGCGCCCGCUGCCCGGCACCCGUGCACCCAGCGCCCGCUAUGGCCCCAGGGGCCUAUGA